AUGGCAAAGAAAAAGUUGAAGAAUAUGACGGAACUGGAGAGAGUAGCACAUUUAGAAAAACAGCGGCUGGCAGCCAUUGCCGCCGCGAAGAAAAGGAAUGACCUGUUACAGCAUUACCUAAAAAACAAAUUAGAAAAAGAAGAAAAAAUGACCAAAAUAAAUACCUUGAAAAUUAACCAUCAGUGGAGGACGUUACUUCGUGAAGCUAAGUCAGAUGAAAUGAGGAGGGAUUUACAGAUACUAAAAAGCACAUUUGAGCGAGUUAAAGACAGGAAAAACCAGAUACUAAAAACAUUGGAUACUGAGCUGGCUCAAUCAGAGGAGCAGUACAUGAUGGCUUUGCGCGACCACCUACGCAAUUUGGAUUUGUUUGUUGAAGUUCAAAAUCAGCGCUUGGAACGCAUGAAGAACUCGUUUGACGAAGAGCUCGCGAUGAUGAGAAGAGAAUAUGAUGCGGAAAAAAUGUAUAUGGUGACGCGUCAUCGACAACAGAUAGAUGAACUUAAAGACACCUAUGUAGCUUUUGACAAAUAUUUUUCACAAAAGGAGCAAACCGCCAGGAGUGAGUACGGCAGCAUCCGAGAUGAGAUGAAAAACAAGGCAUGUGCGAUUGAAAACAAGCAUGCUCUGAGGAUGACGCUUGAGACGAAGAUGAAUGCUCUUUGGACAGAAUUCACCACACUUAAAACAAAUUACCUGAAGGCCACCGAAGAGCGUCGUGCCUACUACGAGGUGCUAAAAAAGCGCAACGAUCAAUCUCUCAAAGACAUUGAGAAUCAAAUGUCUCACCUGAAAACGGUUAAUUUCAAAAUUGUCGUAGUUAAAAAUCAUCUAGGGAAGAUCCAGGAAGAAUUUAGGGAAAAGAAUCGCCUGCUGGGAGAUGAGCGCGAGCGUUUGUCAACCCACUUUCUUAAUCUAAAACGCCAAAUAAAUGAACUACGUGACCGUCAACUAUUGAAAUUGACAAAUAUGGUCAAUGUGAGCAAUUCAGUUCACAACGCUAUUAGUGAGAUGGUCAAACAAGCCAAUACAAUAAUUGGGCUUGGAGAGAAGUGUCGCUACUUGGAAUCGGAGGAAGAAAAAGUUCUUCCUUUCUACGUUUCCUGCCUGACGCAGGAGGACGAGAAACAACUUGCUGAUGCACGUGAUGAUGAAGAAGAUGCGGAAAUUAAAGCAUUGCUAAAGCUUUAUGAACCGCUCGACAUAUUUUGGCGUCGCUUCAGCAAAGUUCAACUCGAAAAGUUGGCUCUGCUCAAAGAGCGUCAAAUUCUGGAGGUGGAAAACCGCCAUUUGAAGUCUUUGAUUGCUCAGUACCUGGAAAACUUGUCCGUUAAUGAAAAAAUUAUGUCGAAACCUAACAGCCUCCUCAUCAUCAACGGCAAGCACAACCUCACUGUCGAUCCCGCCGUGCGGGAUGGCAAGAAGCGCCCUGUGGCCACAGUCCAAAUGGAAGGUGCUCUGAUGGCUAAAGACGGAGUCAUUUCGUGUCUAGAACUUUGA